ACAGUGUAUGUGUUACAGUGUAUAUGUGUGUACAGUCUUAUUUUAACCUUUCAUUUAUAAUCUGAAGGUCUUCAAGUAAACAUAAUAUCAUUGAACCUCAGAAACAGUGUAAAAUAUUAUUUCUCUUUAAUACAUUUAGUUACAAAAUUAAAUCCGUGAUGGACGUAUUUUUGAUGAUCAGGCGAAAAAAUACCACGAUUUUUACGGAUGCAAACGAUAAUACAACAGUUCACGAGCUUAAAAAAAUUAUUGAAGGUAUUUUGAAAGUACCACCAGCAAAUCAACAACUAUUUAACAAAGAUAAUGUUGUUAUGUCUGAUUCUAAAUACCUGUCAGAUUAUGGAUUGACAUCUAUAACUGCAAAAGCACAAUGUCCUGCAUUGAUAGGAUUAGCUAUACGUCAAGAAAAUGGCCAUUUCGAACCACUUGAAAUGACCCCAUUUUCACUACCGCCUGAUCUUCCGGACGUUAUGAAGGGUUGUGAACCUAAUGGUUCAGAAUCUCCUUGAAGUUAUAUAAACUAUAUUGUGAAUCAAUUGAUAAAGAAGUAUUGUGUUUGAUACAGUUUAAUAUUCAUGAGAAAGACCUUUCUAAAUGCUGAAGAUUUUAUGAAACCAGGAUGUGAAUAAUAGAGACAUACAAGUUCUUACAUUUAUGCGAAGUGUCUUAGGAAUUUCUCACUUCUUCUAGAGAGAAAAAAAAAACAGGUAGUUGCAAUACUUCCAGGUCUUUGUGAACAAGCAAGUACUUUUUUUUGUACUUGAAUAAUUAAAUCAGGAUGCUAAUAAAUGUCAAAAAGUACAUGUUCACAGUCCUGUAUGUUAACCAAAUUUAAUCUUAAUUAGCUAUGAAAUUGUCUUGAAGUUUUGUUACAGUUACAGAAAUAUAAUAAAUACCUCAUUCGCUUAUAUUUAA